GACGUUUGACGUAGACGACGCCGGGUUGCGCCUGUCACCUCCCUCCCCUCCUACUCUCGGAAUUGGUUCUGAGGAGGAGCAGGCGCCAUGGCGGUUUUGCUGGAGACCACUUUGGGCGACGUCGUUAUCGAUUUGUACACAGAGGAGCGGCCGCGAGCUUGCCUGAAUUUCCUGAAGUUGUGUAAAACAAAAUAUUAUAAUUAUUGCCUUAUUCACAAUGUACAGAGGGAUUUUAUCAUACAAACUGGCGAUCCUACGGGUACUGGCCGUGGAGGAGAAUCAGUUUUUGGUCAACUGUAUGGAGAUCAGGCAAGCUUUUUUGAGGCAGAAAAGGUGCCAAGAAUUAAGCACAAGAAGAAAGGCACUGUGUCCAUGGUGAACAAUGGCAGUGAUCAGCAUGGAUCUCAGUUUCUUAUUACUACAGGAGAAAAUCUAGAUUACCUUGAUGGUGUUCAUACAGUGUUUGGUGAAGUGACAGAAGGCAUGGACAUAAUUAAGAAAAUUAACGAGACCUUUGUUGACAAGGAUUUUGUACCAUAUCAAGAUAUCAGGAUAAAUCAUACAGUGAUUUUAGAUGAUCCAUUUGAUGACCCUCCUGAUUUAUUAAUCCCUGAUCGAUCACCAGAACCCACAAGAGAACAGUUAGAUAGUGGUCGAAUAGGAGCAGAUGAAGAAAUUGAUGAUUUCAAAGGAAGAUCAGCUGAAGAAGUAGAAGAAAUAAAGGCAGAAAAAGAGGCCAAAACUCAAGCUAUUCUUUUAGAGAUGGUGGGAGACCUACCUGAUGCAGAUAUUAAACCACCAGAAAAUGUGCUGUUUGUGUGUAAAUUGAAUCCGGUGACUACAGAUGAGGAUCUGGAAAUAAUAUUUUCAAGAUUUGGCCCAAUAAAAAGUUGUGAAGUUAUCCGAGAUUGGAAAACAGGAGAGUCACUCUGUUACGCUUUCAUUGAAUUUGAAAAGGAAGAAGAUUGUGAGAAAGCAUUCUUCAAAAUGGAUAAUGUACUUAUAGAUGACAGAAGAAUACAUGUAGACUUUAGCCAGUCUGUUGCAAAGGUUAAGUGGAAAGGAAAAGGUGGGAAAUACACCAAAAGCGAUUUCAAGGAGUAUGAAAAGGAACAGAACAAACCAUCUAAUUUGGUUCUGAAAGAUAAAGCAAAGCCCAAACAGGAUGCAAAAUAUGAUCUUAUACUAGAUGAGCAGGCAGAAGACUCAAAAUCAAGUCACUCACACACAAGUAAAAAACACAAGAAAAAAACACGACACUGCUCUGAAGAAAAAGAAGAUGAAGACUAUAUGCCAAUCAAAAAUGUUAACCAGGAUAUCUACAGGGAAAUGGGAUUUGGUCACUAUGAAGAAGAAAGCUCUUGGGAGAAACACAAGAGUGAAAAGAGAGACCGACUUCAAAAUCGAAGUCGUAGUAGAUCUCGAGAAAGAGACGGGCACUACAGUAAUAGUCACAAGUCCAGAUACCAAACAGAUGCUUAUGAGAGAGAAAGGAGUAAAAAGAGAGAUCGAAGCAGAAGUCCAAAGAAAUCCAAAGACAAAUCUAAGUACAGAUAAAAGAUGAAUCAGAAAUGAGUGUUAACAUAUUUACUCCUGCCUCAUUUAGAGGAUCAGAAGAACAGAUGUUUAGAUUUUUUUUCAGAGAAGUUAAAACUACGUAUUAUUUUUUUUUAAUAUAUAUACUAGGAUUUUGGACCUUUUAGAUUAAGACUGAUGAAAUAGGGCACUUGAUCAAGAACUGAACAUUUUCUGUGUAUACUUUUUUUACACUAAUACACAUAAAUGGUAGUAUUCAUUUUCAGUGUCUUUCACAUUUUGACUCUUGUUUUUUAAAUGAAGUAUUUCAUACUGCAAGAAUGUAUAAAUAUGUAUAUAUAAGAUUUAAAGAACAAUUAAUACGAAUGUCUCUGUACUUAUCAGCCAGCUUAAGAAACAGAACAUUUCCUAUAUUUCAGGAGUCUCAACUGUGCCCUUUUUCUCAAGUAAUUAUUAUCCUGUUUUGUUAUUUUCUUGAUGGUAGUUUUACAACUUUUGUAUGGAUCCCUAAAUGAACUGUUAAUUUUCUAUGUUUUUGAAUAUAAUAUAAAUGGCAUAAUGUAUGUUUACUUCUGUGACUUUCUUUUUUUAAUUUAACAUUUUUAAGUCAUUUUUAUUUUUAUUGUAGUAUUAUAUGAGUGUACUAUAAUUUGUUCCUUCUUUUGUAUAUUUUGGUUUCAUAUGUUUUUGUAUUUGCUGUUACAAACAGUGCUGCUAUAAGAACAUCCUUUACCUAAGAGUGAUACUGCUUGGUCACAUGGUUUGAGUAUCUUUGUCUUUACAAGGUGUUGCUAAAUUAUAUUUUAAAGUGGUUGUGCCAGUUGAUACCCGUAUCAGCACUGUCUUUCAUUGUUACCCUUGUUUCACAUUUUCAAUACUCAUUAAUUUCAGACUUUAAAAUUUUUACCAACGUACUAAUUGUUAAAGUGAUAUCUUAUUGUGAUUUCUAGCAAGAAAACUGUUGUUCUUAUUUACAUGUAAGCUAUUAUUUUCUUUUGACUGCUCUUUAGGUUUUUUUUUUUUGUCUUUUCGGUACCAGGGAUCGAACUCACUGCACACUUGCAAGGAAGGUGCUUAUGCCGCUGAGCUAAAUCCCCAGCCCCUCUUUAGGUAUUUUUUAAUCACAGUUUGAAUAUGAUGUCCUCAGUGUAGUUUUUUCCUGCUACAGCUAUUUACUGUGGGUUUAUGGUAUUCAUCAAAUUCAGAAAUUUGAGGUAUUGUUUGCUCAUUUAUGUUUGUUGCCGUGCUCUUCUCCUUUCUGUCCUGGGGCUCCAUUACAUGUAUGUUAAGUCACAGCACAAUUUGCAGUUUGUGAAAAUAGACCUAAUGUGAUUAUUAAGUCAUAAUCACAGUUGUCUUCUCUUUUUUCUUCCCCCUUCCUUCCUUUUUCUCUCUUCCCUCUUUUUUCUCUCCCUCCCUUCCUCCUUUUUUCCUUCUGUUUUUUUAUGUUAGGUAGUUUCCAUUGAUGUGUCCUCAUGUUCAUUAAUCUUUUCUUCUGAAGUACCUAAUGUCACUUUCAUCCUACCACAGACGUUAUAUUUUAGAAGUUUCAUUUGGGUCUGUUUCUGUCUUUCAUGUGUACUCCUUAGUGUACUUUAUGGUGUUCUCUGUUUUAGGGGUACAUCUACUAGGGUUUUUUUUUUUUUUUUUUUUUUUUUUUUUUUUUUUUGGUACUGGUGAUCAAACUCAUGACCUUGUGCUUACCAAGUGGGCAUAUAUGCUGCUGAGUUAAAUCUCUGGCUCUAGGAUAUUUCUAAUAGCUGCUUUAAUGUUCUUGUUCAUUCUGUCAUCUGUAUCAUUUAUGGCCUGUUUCUGUUGAUUGAUUCCCACCCAACUCUACUGUAACCCCAGUUUUAGGUCAUUAUUCUGGAAUAAUUUAAUGGAAUCCUCUUCUCUUUAUUUCCUUUAACAAGAAAUUAGUUCUAGAUGUUUGGCUAGAGUUAGGUUAACCUUUACUUCUGUGUUUUAUAUUCUGUUUUUAUUUUAUUCUGUUUAAGGAACAUACCAGGGCUGGGGCUGUAGGUCAGUGAUAGUGUGUUUACCUAGAAUGCUUGAGUCCCUGGAUUUGCUUCUCAGUGCCACAAACAAAUAAACCAGAAAUCUACCUUUCUAAGUUAAUAAAGGCAGUCUACAUUCUAAACAUUAGAAAGCUUUGUAUUUUUAUAUUUAAAUCUCUGCCUAUAUUGAUUGACAUACAUAGUUGCUAUAAUAAAGUGAAUAAAAAUUCACUUUUUAGGGACUGAGGAUAUAGCUCAGUGGCACAAGUGUCUCCCUGGAGAACAUAAGGUCAUGAAUUUGAUUCCCGGUACCACCCCCCACCCCCACUAACAAAAAAAAAUUCACUUUUUAGGCAUUGUUUAACUGUGUAUAACCAGUUGUCUAAAGCCCGUUAUUGAAAAGCAAGUCCAUUUUCUAUUGACAUACAUACAGUUCCCCUCGUUGUAUAUAAGUUUUUGUAUAUUUGUGGGUUUUAUUUCAUGUACUUUUUAUUCUGUCCCAGGCCAACACCAAAAACAUGUUUCUCUGACUUUAGGGGAAAUCUUGAUCUUUAAGCAAAUUCUUCUUUUUUUUUUGUUUUUAUCUGUACCAGGGAUCGAACUCACGACUGCCUGCUUGCAAGGCAGGUGCUUAUGCCGCUGAGCUAAAUCCCCAGCCCCAUUCUUCCACCUGUUCUGUUGCUAGGAAUGACCUGGCAAAGAAGCAAUUUUGGAACCAACUUAUCUCCCAAAUAGUUCUCUUUGGAUUUUAAUUACAUUCAUGUUGAAACAUCACUGAGGAAGAAAAAAUUGCAUAGUACUGAGUCUUACUAUACAUUAAGCUAGCAUAUUUUUCUAUUCUGAUUUUUCUAAUAAAAUGUUUGAAUAAUUUUGAUUGUA